UGUGAAGAGACGAAGACAGAGCGGUUGCGGCCGCGUUGUCGACCUCGAGCAGUACUCGGCUUCUUCACGUAGAAUCCGGGAGUAGGAGACUCAGAAUCGAAUCUCUUCUCCCUCCCCCCUCCUGUUAUUUCGCUUUGUGAAGAACCUUAUCAUCAAACGCAAUGGCUAGCAAUGUUACCAACAAGACAGACCCUCGCUCCAUGAACUCCCGUGUAUUCAUUGGGAAUCUCAACACUCUUGUGGUGAAGAAGUCUGAUGUGGAAGCAAUUUUCUCGAAGUAUGGCAAAAUUGUGGGCUGCUCUGUUCACAAGGGCUUUGCCUUUGUUCAGUAUGUUAAUGAGAGAAAUGCCCGGGCUGCUGUAGCAGGAGAGGAUGGCAGAAUGAUUGCUGGCCAAGUUUUAGAUAUUAAUCUGGCUGCAGAGCCAAAAGUGAAUCGAGGAAAAGCAGGUGUGAAACGAUCUGCAGCGGAGAUGUACGGCUCCUCUUUUGACUUGGACUAUGACUUUCAACGGGAUUAUUAUGACAGGAUGUACAGUUACCCAGCCCGUGUUCCUCCUCCUCCUCCUAUUGCUCGGGCUGUGGUGCCCUCAAAACGCCAGCGUGUAUCAGGAAACACCUCACGAAGGGGGAAAAGUGGCUUCAAUUCUAAGAGUGGACAGCGAGGUUCUUCUUCCAAGUCUGGAAAGUUGAAAGGAGAUGACCUUCAGGCCAUUAAGAAGGAGUUGACCCAGAUAAAACAAAAAGUGGAUUCUUUACUGGAAAACCUGGAAAAAAUUGAAAAGGAGCAGAGCAAACAAGCAGCAGUAGAGCUGAAGAAUGAUAAAUCAGAAGAGGAGCAGAGCAGCAGCUCCCUGAAGAAAGAUGAGACUAAUGUGAAGAUGGAGUCUGAGGGGGGUGCUGAUGACUCUGCUGAGGAGGGUGACCUCCUAGAUGAUGAUGAUAAUGAAGAUAGGGGAGAAGACCAGGUGAAAACCAUGGGAAAGCUGGAGCUGAUCAAGGAUGAUGAAAAAGAGCCUGAGGAAGGAGAGGAUGACAGAGACAGCGCCAAUGGCGAGGAUGACUCUUAAGCACAUAGUGGGGUUUAGAAAUCUUAUCCCAUUAUUUCUUUACCUAGGCGCUUGUGUAGAUCAAAAUUCUCACCAGAUCCUCUCCCCCUAGUAUCUUCACCACAUGCUCACUGUUGUCCCUAUCCUUGUCCUUCCCAUGUUCAUUAAUUCAUAUUGCCCUGCGCCUAGUCCCAUUUUCACUUCCUUUGAUGCUCCUAGUAGUUUUGUUAAGUCUUACCCUGUAAUGUUUUGCUUUUAAUUUUGAUACCUCUUUAUGACUUAACAAUAAAAAGGAUGUAUGGUUUUUAAAAAAAAAAAAAAAAAAAAAA